AUGAAGCGGUUCAGGAUUUGGGGUGCGUUUGGCCGGUUUGUGCUGCUCCCUUUGCUCGCUCCAUGCACCAUGCUGUCGUGCGUUCUGAUUCCAGUGUGUUUCUCCUCCUCCCAGCCUUGUCAAAUCCUCAAGCGGAUUGGGCACACGGUGCGCGUGGGGGCCCUGCAACUGCAGCCGCGGCUCUUCAGUCCCGUUUCCACCUUCAGAGGCGGGAAAGAACCCCCUGUCCCCGUGGAAGAAUGGGAUAUAAACGGGGGCACGAGGGAAGCAGUGGAGAGACAGUUGGAAAAUAUUACCAAAAGUGGCAAUGAACAGGGUUUAUGCAGCCUAAGGACUAAUGGGUCCGUGAACAGCCAAGACAGGGAGAGGGAGAGGGAGAGGGAGAGGGAGAGGGAGAGGGAGAGGGACAGGGACAGGGACAGGGACAGGGACAAUGGGGGUAAAAGUAAAAACAUGUAUAUAGAGAUCGAGAGUGAGAGCAAUGUGUUUAUGCCGAGGGACUCUAUCAUAUUAGCCAUGGAGACGUUGAACCGCAUGGUCGGUCUGUUACCAUAUAACCUCUCACUGGAGGUGGUGAUGGCUGUGGAAGCGGGGCUCGGGGAAUUACCCGCCUACUCCUCCUCUACCCCGGGCUGUGGAAGACCCCAUGUCUGUGUCCUCUACCCCGGUCAGUGAAGACCCCAUGUCGUUUCUGCAGAGUGUUUGUUCUACUGUUAUAGUCCAAGGAGUUUCUGCUAUGAUGGCUUUCCCUCAGACCAGGGACGAACUGCUGAAGUUGGAAUUCAUCGCGUCAGCGCUUCAAAUUCCUGUCAUCAGUGUUGUCCAGAACGAAUUCAAACGGCAGAGUAAGGUAAGGCAGAGAAAGGGUAAGGCAAAUAGAUAGGUAAGGUAGAGUAAGGUAAGGCAGAUAGAUCUCUGAAGGCUUAAACACUGGUGCAGUACUAGCAUAAUAUUGUAUUUGCUGUGUCUGGUACAUGGACAGAGCGCUCCAGUUCAGAAACUCCAACCAUGGACAGAGCGCUCAAGUUCAGAAACUCCAACCAUGGACAGUUGAGGAAGGAAGGGUGUUUCUGUUAAUUCAGCUCCACGCAUUCCUCGUGCUGCUUUACUCGACGAGUAAAUGUUGAAAUUUUUCUUUCCUUGUCCUGUGUAACGUGGGCAGCUAAAUUCACACUCCAUGCACAAUCUAUCCCACAAAUAUAACAAUAUAUUCCUAAAACACAGAGAGAGAGAGAGAGAGGAGAGAGGAGAGAAGGAGAGGGACAGAGAGCGAGAGAAGGAACGAGAGAGAGAAGAGAGAGAGGGGGGGAAAAAGGGUUUGGGGGAAAAAAAUGAAUAAAUUCAAGGGAAAAUUUUUUUAAAAAUCAAAAAAAAAAAAAGGGGGGAGAAAAAAAGAGGGGGGGGGUUUUCCUUAAUUUAAAACGGGGUUUUGGGUUUUGGAGGGGUUGGGUUCCCCGCCCCCCCUAAAACCCCCCUUGGAAACCCCUUUUUUUCCCCAAACCCGGCAAAAUUUUUUUUUUUCAGGUUUUUUUUUUUACCCCAGAGUUUUGUAUGAUUUUUCCCGGAAACUAUUUAAUUAACCUAGCUUCUUUCCUUCAAUUUUAAAACAAAAAAAGGAAGAAGGGGAGGAAAGGGAGGAAAGAAGGGGGAAAAAGGAAGGCAAAGAGGGGUUAAAACCCUUUCAACACCCAAAAGUAGGGGGGGAAGGAAAAGGGGCCCGGGGGCCCCAAAACAACCCAAAAUUUCCCCCCCUUUGGAAAAGGAGGAAGGAAAGGGUGUUUUGAUUCCCCAAACCCCCGGCUUUUCCCCGAGGGAAAGGAAAAUUUUUUUUUUUUCCUGUUAAGGGGGCCUUUUUCCCCCCCCUUUUUCCCCCCUUAAAACUUUCCCAAACCCCCCGGGGGGGGUUUUUUUUUUCCCCCCCCCGCCCUUUUAAACCCCCCCAUUGAGAAAAAAGGGAAAAAAGAAAAAAAAAAAAAAAAAGAAAAGAUUUAAAAAACAAAAAAAAAAAAAAGAAAAAAAACAAAAGAAAAAAGAAAAACCUCCCCCCUUUCCCUUAAAACCCCCCCACACACACUUUUUUUAUUCCCUACUUCAAAAGGGUUUCAAAUAAUCAAACCUUUAAAUAAUUUUUAUUUUUCACUUGUAGUUACAGCAAAAAACAAAAAGUCAACCCGGGGGGGGCCCCAGGGCUGAGUUUGAGAAACCCCUCCUAGGGGAAAAAAAAAUGCCAAUUUGCCUUUGGGGGCUGUUAGAAUACAAAACAAAGCCAUCUGAAAUGUCCUGAAUUCAUAUGGCAUUCUAUACACAACCACAUGGAGCACCAUCAUGUGGGGAAAUUGUAUAGCUAGCAAACAUCUAAAGAUAGGAAUCUUUCACUCCAUAGGCUAGGUCAUUUUGAAAAGUGAUAUUUAUUCAUUAUUAUUGAAUUAUAUUAUUAUAUUAUUCAUUGAAAAUAUGGGAAUAACAUGAUAGAAAGGGCAGCAUAGUGUACAACAAUCUAGGAUUUACACACUCUCUGUCUCUCUCUCUCUCUCUCUCUCUCUCUCUCUCUCUCUCUCUCUCUCUCUCUUCUCUCUCUCUCUCUCUCUCUCUCUCUCUCUCUCUCUCUCUCUCUCUCUCUCUCUCUCUCUCUCUCUCUCUCUCUCUCUCUCACUUCCAUCAUCCAGUUAUCAACACAUGAUUUGUAUGCUAGUCUCUACCCCAGCACCUUAGCACACUCCUCAGGUCAGGCUGUGGUCCAGGCCACCUGCUACGUUAUAGAAUCACAGGAAAACACUACCUGCUCAUUGGGCAUUUUAAUAGCUAUUUACUGCAUUUCAAUUAACGUUGAAUAACAAUUAGAACAGUGGUCUGUGGUUGGAUACAUCCCAAAUAGCACCCUAUUCCCUACAUAGUGGACUACUGACCAGGGCCCAUUGCUACAUAGUGGACUACUGACGAGGGCCCAUUGCUACAUAGUGGACUACUGACCAGGGCCCAUAGCUACAUAGUGGACUACUGACCAGGGCCCAUAGCUACAUAGUGGACUACUGACCAGGACCCAUAGCUACAUAGUGGACUACUGACCAGGGCCCAUAGCUACAUAGUGGACUACUGACCCGGGCCCAUAGCUACAUAGUGGACUACUGACCAGGGCCCAUAGCUACAUAGUGGACUACUGACCAGGGCCCAUAGCUACAUAGUGGACUACUGACCCGGGCCCAUUGCUACAUAGUGGACUACUGACCAGGGCCCAUAGCUACAUAGUGGACUACUGACCAGGGCCCAUAGCUACAUAGUGGACUACUGACCAGGGCCCAUAGCUACAUAGUGGACUACUGACCAGGACCCAUAGCUACAUAGUGGACUACUGACCAGGGCCCAUAAAUACAUAGAGGACUACUGACCAGGGCCCAUAGCUACAUAGUGGACUACUGACCAGGGCCCAUAGCUACAUAGUGGACUACUGACCAGGGCCCAUAGCUACAUAGUGGACUACUGACCAGGGCCCAUAGCUACAUAGUGGACUACUGACCCGGGCCCAUUGCUACAUAGUGGACUACUGACCAGGGCCCAUAGCUACAUAGUGGACUACUGACCAGGGCCCAUAGCUACAUAGUGGACUACUGACCAGGGCCCAUAGCUACAUAGUGGACUACUGACCAGGGCCCAUAGCUACAUAGUGGACUACUGACCAGGGCCCAUAGCUACAUAGUGGACUACUGUACGGCACUAUAUAGGGAAUAGGUGUGUGUGUGUGUGGAGCAGAGGACAGCAGUGAUUAGUAAUAUAAGUCAGGUUUAUCUAAGUCAGGUUUAUCUCAAGUAAUUCAUGUCCUAACAUGGUUCACACCGUAGGGUGUGAGUCAUCUUCAAAGCAUGAGACAGCUUCUUGGUAUAACUUGACCUGGGUCCAGGACUGGUUACACCCACGCUUCCACUCUCAGGGCGGACACUCUAACCCCAAGGACACUGAGUUGGUCUUAAUUCACUUAGAACUUACAAGACUGUAAUGCUCACCGCAGGGCUAAUAUUCUGGUUACUGACUGUAUCUGUCAGACUGUAAUACUCACCGCAGGGCUAAUAUUCUGGUUACUGACUGUGUCUGUCAGACUGUAAUGCUCACCACAGGGCUAAUAUUCUGGUUACUGACUGUAUCUGUCAGACUGUCAUACUCACUGCAGGGCUAAUAUUCUGGUUACUGACUGUAUCUGUCAGACUGUAAUACUCACUGCAGGGCUAAUAUUCUGGUUACUGACUGUAUCUGUCAGACUGUAAUACUCACCGCAGGGCUAAUAUUCUGGUUACUGACUGUAUCUGUCAGACUGUAAUACUCACCACAGGGCUAAUAUUCUGGUUACUGACUGUAUCUGUCAGACUGUAAUACUCACCGCAGGACUAAUAUUCUGGUUACUGACUGUAUCUGUCAGACUGUAAUGCUCACCACAGGGCUAAUAUUCUGGUUACUGACUGUAUCUGUCAGACUGUAAUACUCACCGCAGGGCUAAUAUUCUGGUUACUGACUGUGUCUGUCAGACUGUAAUGCUCACCACAGGGCUAAUAUUCUGGUUACUGACUGUAUCUGUCAGACUGUCAUACUCACUGCAGGGCUAAUAUUCUGGUUACUGACUGUAUCUGUCAGACUGUAAUACUCACCGCAGGGCUAAUAUUCUGGUUACUGACUGUAUCUGUCAGACUGUAAUACUCACCACAGGGCUAAUAUUCUGGUUACUGACUGUAUCUGUCAGACUGUAAUACUCACCGCAGGACUAAUAUUCUGGUUACUGACUGUAUCUGUCAGACUGUAAUGCUCACCACAGGGCUAAUAUUCUGGUUACUGACUGUAUCUGUCAGACUGUAAUACUCACUGCAGGGCUAAUAUUCUGGUUACUGACUGUAUCUGUCAGACUGUAAUGCUCACCACAGGGCUAAUAUUCUGGUUACUGACUGUAUCUGUCAGACUGUCAUACUCACCGCAGGGCUAAUAUUCUGGUUACUGACUGUAUCUGUCAGACUGUAAUACUCACCGCAGGGCUAAUAUUCUGGUUACUGACUGUAUCUGUCAGACUGUAAUGCUCACCGCAGGGCUAAUAUUCUGGUUACUGACUGUAUCUGUCAGACUGUAAUGCUCACUGCAGGGUUAAUAUUCUGGUUACUGACUGUAUCUGUCAGACUGUAAUGCUCACCACAGGGCUAAUAUUCUGGUUACUGACUGUAUCUGUCAGACUGUAAUGCUCACCACAGGGUUAAUAUUCUGGUUACUGACUGUAUCUGUCAGACUGUAAUGCUCACCACAGGGCUAAUAUUCUGGUUACUGACUGUAUCUGUCAGACUGUAAUGCUCACUGCAGGGUUAAUAUUCUGGUUACUGACUGUAUCUGUCAGACUGUAAUGCUCACCACAGGGCUAAUAUUCUGGUUACUGACUGAAUCUGUCAGACUGUAAUAUUCACCACAGGGCUAAUAUUCUGGUUACUGACUGUGUCUGUCAGACUGUAAUACUCACUGCAGGGCUAAUAUUCUGGUUACUGACUGUAUCUGUCAGACUGUAAUGCUCACCGCAGGGUUAAUAUUCUGGUUACUGACUGUAUCUGUCAGACUGUAAUGCUCACAGCAGGGCUAAUAUUCUGGUUACUGACUGUAUCUGUCAGACUGUAAUAUUCACCACAGGGCUAAUAUUCUGGUUACUGACUGUGUCUGUCAGACUGUAAUACUCACCGCAGGGCUAAUAUUCUGGUUACUGACUGUAUCUGUCAGACUGUAAUACUCACUGCAGGGCUAAUAUUCUGGUUACUGACUGUGUCUGUCAGACUGUAAUACUCACUGCAGGGCUAAUAUUCUGGUUACUGACUGUAUCUGUCAGACUGUAAUACUCACUGCAGGGCUAAUAUUCUGGUUACUGACUGUAUCUGUCAGACUGUAAUACUCACUGCAGGGCUAAUAUUCUGGUUACUGACUGUGUCCAUCAGACUGUAAUGCUCACUGCAGGGCUAAUAUUCUGGUUACUGACUGUAUCUGUCAGACUGUAAUGCUCACCACAGGGCUAAUAUUCUGGUUACUGACUGUAUCUGUCAGACUGUAAUACUCACCGCAGGACUAAUAUUCUGGUUACUGACUGUAUCUGUCAGACUGUAAUACUCACCGCAGGACUAAUAUUCUGGUUACUGACUGUAUCUGUCAGACUGUAAUACUCACCGCAGGGCUAAUAUUCUGGUUACUGACUGUAUCUGUCAGACUGUAAUGCUCACCACAGGGUUAAUAUUCUGGUUACUGACUGUAUCUGUCAGACUGUAAUACUCACUGCAGGGCUAAUAUUCUGGUUACUGACUGUAUCUGUCAGACUGUAAUGCUCACCGCAGGGUUAAUAUUCUGGUUACUGACUGUAUCUGUCAGACUGUAAUACUCACCACAGGGCUAAUAUUCUGGUUACUGACUGUAUCUGUCAGACUGUAAUGCUCACCACAGGGUUAAUAUUCUGGUUACUGACUGUAUCUGUCAGACUGUAAUGCUCACUGCAGGGCUAAUAUUCUGGGUACUGACUGUAUCUGUCAGACUGUAAUACUCACCGCAGGGCUAAUAUUCUGGUUACUGACUGUAUCUGUCAGACUGUAAUGCUCACCGAAGGGCUAAUAUUCUGGUUACUGACUGUAUCUGUCAGACUGUAAUGCUCACCGAAGGGUUAAUAUUCUGGUUACUGACUGUAUCUGUCAGACUGUAUUAUUCACUGCAGGGCUAAUAUUCUGGUUACUGACUGUAUCUGUCAGACUGUAAUACUCACCGCAGGGCUAAUAUUCUGGUUACUGACUGUAUCUGUCAGACUGUAAUGCUCACCGAAGGGUUAAUAUUCUGGUUACUGACUGUAUCUGUCAGACUGUAAUGCUCACCACAGGGCUAAUAUUCUGGUUACUGACUGUAUCUGUCAGACUGUAAUACUCACCGCAGGGUUAAUAUUCUGGUUACUGACUGUAUCUGUCAGACUGUAAUACUCACCGCAGGGCUAAUAUUCUGGUUACUGACUGUAUCUGUCAGACUGUAAUAUUCACCACAGGGCUAAUAUUCUGGUUACUGACUGUGUCUGUCAGACUGUAAUACUCACUGCAGGGCUAAUAUUCUGGUUACUGACUGUAUCUGUCAGACUGUAAUACUCACUGCAGGGCUAAUAUUCUGGUUACUGACUGUGUCUGUCAGACUGUAAUACUCACUGCAGGGCUAAUAUUCUGGUUACUGACUGUAUCUGUCAGACUGUAAUACUCACUGCAGGGCUAAUAUUCUGGUUACUGACUGUAUCUGUCAGACUGUAAUACUCACUGCAGGGCUAAUAUUCUGGUUACUGACUGUGUCCAUCAGACUGUAAUGCUCACUGCAGGGCUAAUAUUCUGGAUACUGACUGUAUCUGUCAGACUGUAAUACUCACUGCAGGGCUAAUAUUCUGGUUACUGACUGUGUCUGUCAGACUGUAAUACUCACUGCAGGGCUAAUAUUCUGGUUACUGACUGUAUCUGUCAGACUGUAAUACUCACCGCAGGGCUAAUAUUCUGGUUACUGACUGUGUCUGUCAGACUGUAAUACUCACUGCAGGGUUAAUAUUCUGGUUACUGACUGUGUCUUUCAGACUGUAAUACUCACUGCAGGGCUAAUAUUCUGGUUACUGACUGUAUCUGUCAGACUGUAAUGCUCACCGCAGGGUUAAUAUUCUGGUUACUGACUGUGUCUGUCAGACUGUAAUAUUCACCACAGGGCUAAUAUUCUGGUUACUGACUGUGUCUGUCAGACUGUAAUACUCACUGCAGGGCUAAUAUUCUGGUUACUGACUGUAUCUGUCAGACUGUAAUGCUCACCACAGGGCUAAUAUUCUGGUUACUGACUGUAUCUGUCAGACUGUAAUGCUCACCACAGGGCUAAUAUUCUGGUUACUGACUGUAUCUGUCAGACUGUAAUACUCACCGCAGGGCUAAUAUUCUGGUUACUGACUGUAUCUGUCAGACUGUAAUACUCACUGCAGGGCUAAUAUUCUGGUUACUGACUGUGUCUGUCAGACUGUAAUACUCACUGCAGGGCUAAUAUUCUGGUUACUGACUGUAUCUGUCAGACUGUAAUACUCACUGCAGGGCUAAUAUUCUGGUUACUGACUGUAUCUGUCAGACUGUAAUACUCACCGCAGGGCUAAUAUUCUGGUUACUGACUGUGUCUGUCAGACUGUAAUACUCACUGCAGGGUUAAUAUUCUGGUUACUGACUGUGUCUGUCAGACUGUAAUACUCACUGCAGGGCUAAUAUUCUGGUUACUGACUGUAUCUGUCAGACUGUAAUGCUCACCGCAGGGUUAAUAUUCUGGUUACUGACUGUAUCUGUCAGACUGUAAUGCUCACCGCAGGGCUAAUAUUCUGGUUACUGACUGUAUCUGUCAGACUGUAAUACUCACCGCAGGGCUAAUAUUCUGGUUACUGACUGUAUCUGUCAGACUGUAAUACUCACCGCAGGGCUAAUAUUCUGGUUACUGACUGUAUCUGUCAGACUGUAAUACUCACCGCAGGGCUAAUAUUCUGGUUACUGACUGUAUCUGUCAGACUGUAAUACUCACUGCAGGGUUAAUAUUCUGGUUACUGACUGUAUCUGUCAGACUGUAAUACUCACUGCAGGGCUAAUAUUAUGGUUACUGACUGUGUCCAUCAGACUGUAAUACUCACCGCAGGGUUAAUAUUCUGGUUACUGACUGUAUCUGUCAGACUGUAAUACUCACCACAGGGCUAAUAUUCUGGUUACUGACUGUAUCUGUCAGACUGUAAUACUCACCGCAGGGCUAAUAUUCUGGUUACUGACUGUAUCUGUCAGACUGUCAUACUCACUGCCGGGCUAAUAUUCUGGUUACUGACUGUAUCUGUCAGACUGUCAUACUCACUGCCGGGCUAAUAUUCUGGUUACUGACUGUAUCUGUCAGACUGUAAUGCUCACUGCAGGGCUAAUAUUCUGGUUACUGAAUGUAUCUGUCAGACUGUAAUGCUCACCACAGGGUUAAUAUUCUGGUUACUGACUGUAUCUGUCAGACUGUAAUACUCACCGCAGGGCUAAUAUUCUGGUUACUGACUGUAUCUGUCAGACUGUAAUACUCACCGCAGGGCUAAUAUUCUGGUUACUGACUGUAUCUGUCAGACUGUAAUACUCACUGUAGGGCUAAUAUUCUGGUUACUGACUGUAUCUGUCAGACUGUAAUACUCACUGCAGGGCUAAUAUUCUGGUUACUGACUGUAUCCAUCAGACUGUAAUACUGACAGCAGGGCUAAUAUUCUGGUUACUGACUGUGUCCAUCAGACUGUAAUUCUCACUGUAGGGCUAAUAUUCUGGUUACUGACUGUGUCUGUCAGACUGUAAUACUCACUGCAGGGCUAAUAUUCUGGUUACUGACUGUAUCCAUCAGACUGUAAUACUCACUGCAGGGCUAAUAUUCUGGUUACUGACUGUGUCUGUCAGACUGUAAUACUCACUGCAGGGCUAAUAUUCUGGUUACUGACUGUAUCCAUCAGACUGUAAUACUCACUGCAGGGCUAAUAUUCUGGUUACUGACUGUGUCUGUCAGACUGUAAUACUGACAGCAGGGCUAAUAUUCUGGUUAGAUCAUUGUCAAUCUGUCAGAUCAUUGUCAAUCUGUUAGAUCAUUGUCAAAUCAUUCAACAGGACAGGAAGUAGCAAACACUUGCUUUGGGGGGAAAUGUGCCCUGGUCCCAGGUCUGUUAGUGCUCCUCUACCAACUCCAUUGCUGUCAUUGUCAUGCAAAACAAUCCAUCAUGUGUUGGCAAAAAAGCACAAAUAGAUCUGGGACCAAGGCUACAAAAAAUCCUCUUGAAGUUUACAUUCCAUAGUGAUUCCAUUAUGGUGAUUUUUGUUUACACAGGACGUACCGCCCCCACCUACCGUCAACCAAUCAUGUCAACGCGGAGCUAUACGGAGCUACAGUACACAGAGCCCUCCUUGUUACAACAUGUGUGGGUCGCACGGCGAUGCGGUGUGGAGCUUGAUUUGGCCUCUGCAAGCCUCCGCAUGCUACGCAAUUGCGUCACACCCUCCGUACGGAGCCUCCGGACCAAGCAAAAUGUUUUGCAACGGAAAACCAAAAUGAACUAAACUUCUUGUACAAUUUCCGCAUACUACCUCCCUGUUUCAGUCUGUUUACUUCCGUUUAACAACUACUGUAAUGAACAGGACCCAGGUACUAUCAGGACCCAGGGACUAUCAGGACCCCGGGACUAUCAGGACCCAGGUACUAUCAGGUCAUUUGGAACAUAUAUUUUAAAAUGCUGCUAAACUGGCAGGAAGUCCUGUCUUUGUUUUGAUGUUUUGGAGAUUAAUACAUGAAGAGAUGAAGAGCUUCUUCUUUAGUGUGAGUAGAUUAGCCUGUUUUCUGUCUGUCAAUUACAGGAAGUAGACUUCACUAUAUCCCAAGCACCAUGGGGAAAUUAUUCAGCCUCAAGAAGCAUCUCAUCCUGCCCUUCUGGAGAGACCAGAACACCAGCUCUUCUUCUCUGGAAAAACCAGACCACCAGCUCAUCUUCUCUGGAAAAACCAAACCACCAGCUCUUCUUCUCUGGACAAACCAGACCACCAGCUCAUAUUCUCUGGAAAAACCAAACCACCAGCUCUUCUUCUCUGGAAAAACCAAACCACCAGCUCUUCUUCUCUGGAAAAACCAGACCACCAGCUCUUCUUCUCUAGAAAAACCAGACCACCAGCUCAUGUUCUCUGGAGAGCCUAGACCACCAGCUCUUCUUCUCUGGAGAGACUAGACCACCAGCUCUUCUUCUCUGGAGAGAUUAGACCACCAGCUCAUCUUCUCUGGAGAGACCAGACCACCAGCUCUUCUUCUCUGGAGAGACCACCAGCUCUUCUUCUCUGGAGAGAUUAGACCACCAGCUUAUCUUCUCUGGAGAGACCAGACCACCAGCUCUUCUUCUCUGGAGAGAUUAGACCACCAGCUUAUCUUCUCUGGAGAGACCAGACCACCAGCUCUUCUUCUCUGGAGAGACCAGACCACCAGCUUAUCUUCUCUGGAGAGAUUAGACCACCAGCUCUUCUUCUCUAGAGAGUCUAGACCACCAGCUAUUCUUCUCUAGAGAGACCAGACCACCAGCUCAUCACUGGAGAGACAACUAGCUCAUCUUCUCUGGAGAGACCACCUCACUCUGCUCAUCAUCAAGCCUCUCUGGAGCAGACCUGUGUUCAAAAUACUAUUAGACAUUUUUCAAAUAUACUAUGAGCAUUUGCUUGAGUCUACCCAGAGUGGCAAAUGAGCAGGGUUUGCAGUUUUGUGAUUAUUCUAUUGGUUUCAUUGGGCCAGGCAAGCGCAAUCAAGCCUAGAUGCAGUAUUUGAAAUGAUUUCAAACACUAUUUGAACCCAGAUCUACUCUGGAGCAGUAUCAGAGGAUAUCUUUAUCUAUAUACAGUGGGGAGAACAAGUAUUUGAUACACUGCUGAUUUUGCAGGUUUUCCUACUUACAAAGCAUGUAGAGGUCUGUAAUUUUUAUCAUAUGUACACUUCAACUGUGAGAGACGGAAUCUAUAACAAAAAUCCAGAAAAUCACAUUGUAUGAUUUUUAAGUAAUUCAUUUGCAUUUUAUUGCAUGACAUAAGUAUUUGAUCACCUACCAACCAGAAAGAAUUCCGGCUCUCACAGACCUGUUCGUUUUUCUUUAAGAAGCCCUCCUGUUCUCCACUCAUUACCUGUAUUAACCGCACCUGUUUGAGCGUGUUACCUGUAUAAAAGACACCUGUCCACACACUCAAUCAAACAGACUCCAACCUCUCCACAAUGGCCAAGACCAGAACGCUGUGUAAGGACAUCAGGGAUAAAAUUGUAGACCUGCACAAGGCCGGGAUGGGCUACAGGACAAUAGGCAAGCAGCUUGGUGAGAAGGCAACAACUGUUGGCACAAUUAUUAGAAAAUGGAAGAAGUUCAAGAUGACGGUCAAUCACCCUCGGUCUGGGGCUCCAUGCAAGAUCUCACCUCGUGGGGCAUCAAUGAUCAUGAGGAAGGUGAGGGAUCAGCCCAGAACUACACGGCAGGACCUGGUCAAUGACCUGAAGAGAGCUGGGACCACAGUCUCAAAGAAAACCAUUAGUAACACACUACGCCGUCAUGGAUUAAAAUCCUGCAGCGCACGCAAGGUCCCUCUGCUCAAGCCAGCACAUGUCCAGGCCCAUCUGAAGUUUGCCAAUGACCAUCUGGAUGAUCCAGAGGAGGAAUGGGAGAAGGUCAUGUGGUCUGAUGAGACAAAAAUAGAGCUUUUUGGUCUAAACUCCACUCGCUGUGUUUAGAGGAAGAAGAAGGAUGAGUACAACCCCAAGAACACCAUCCCAACCGUGAAGCAUGGAGGUGGAAACAUCAUUCCUUGGGGAUGCUUUUCUGCAAAGGGGACAGGGCGACUGCACCGUAUUGAGGGGAGGAUGGAUGGGGCCAUGUAUCGCGAGAUCUUGGCCAACAACCUCCUUCCCUCAGUAAGAGCAUUGAAGAUGGGUCGUGGCUGGGUCUUCCAGCAUGACAACGACCCAAAACACCCAGCCAGGGCAACUAAGGAGUGGCUCCGUAAGAAGCAUCUCAAGGUCCUGGAGUGGCCUAGCCAGUCUCCAGACCUGAACCCAAUAGAACAUCUUUGGAGGGAGCUGAAAGUCCGUAUUGCCCAGCGACAGCCCCGAAACCUGAAGGAUUUGGAGAAGGUCUGUAUGGAGGAGUAGGCCAAAAUCCCUGCUGCAGUGUGUGCAAACCUGGUCAAGAACUACAGGAAAUGUAUGAUCUCUGUAAUUGCAAACAAAGGUUUCUGUACCAAAUAUUAAGUUCUGCUUUUCUGAUGUAUCAAAUACUUAUGUCAUGCAAUAAAAUGCAAAUUAAUUACUUAAAAAUCAUACAAUGUGAUUUUCUGGAUUUUUGUUUCAGAUUCCGUCUCUCACAGUUGAAGUGUACCUAUGAUAAAAAUUACAGACCUCUAUAUGCUUUGUAAGUAGGAAAACCUGCAAAAUCAGCAGUGUGUCAAAUACUUGUUCUCCCCACUGUAUAUAUGAUAUUUUAUUAGAUAUAAGGAAUAGACAUGCAUGUUCAUUUCAUCCAGUCCAGACCUCAGAAAUCUCCCUGCUACCGUAUGAGUCCGGGGAGAUAUCUGUGGAGAGAUCCCUUCAAAUCUCCCUGCUACCGUAUGAAUCCAGGGAGAUAUAUGUGGAGAGAUCCCUUCAAAUCUCCCUGCUACCGUAUGAAUCCAGGGAGAUAUCUGUGGAGAGAUCCCUUCAAAUCUCCCUGCUACCGUAUGAAUCCAGGGAGAUAUCUGUGGAGAGAUCCCUUCAAAUCUCCCUGCUACCGUAUGAAUCCAGGAAGAUAUCUGUGGAGAGAUCCCUUCAAAUCUCCCUGCUACCGUAUGAAUCCAGGGAGAUAUCUGUGGAGAGAUCCCUUCAAAUCUCCCUGCUACCGUAUGAAUCCAGGGAGAUAUCUGUGGAGAGAUCCCUUCAAAUCUCCCUGCUACCGUAUGAAUCCAGGGAGAUAUCUGUGGAGAGAUCCCUUCAAAUCUCCCUGCUACCGUAUGAACCCAGGGAGAUAUAUGUGGAGAGAUCCCUUCAAAUCUCCCUGCUACCGUAUGAAUCCAGGGAGAUAUCUGUGGAGAGAUCCCUUCAAAUCUCCCUGCUACCGUAUGAAUCCAGGGAGAUAUCUGUGGAGAGAUCCCUUCAAAUCUCACUGCUACCGUAUGAAUCCAGGGAGAUAUCUGUGGAGAGAUCCCUUCAAAUCUCCCUGCUACUGUAUGAAUCCAGGGAGAUAUCUGUGGAGAGAUCCCUUCAAGACAUGCCCCUGAUGCGUGUGCACUCGCUUACAUAUUUGUAGAAUAUUCUAAUGGAAAGGGUAUGUGUCAACAAGCUGACAUAUCUAAGCCUUUAUACACAGGCAUGAACGAAUCCACAUACUUUCAGAAAUGUAUCAUAUUUGUAGUCAUUACCUGAUCAUUUAUUGAUCCAUAUUUCUCCCAAAAUGCAUUAUUUCAGUAGAUAUCCUUACAUGAUAUGUAAUAUUGUCACGGAUGCCGCCGAGGCUGCUCCUCCUCCUUGCUCGGGCAGGCUUCGGCGUUCGUCGUCCCCGGAGUACUAGCUGCUGCCCCUCGAUGUUUCGAUGUUUGUCUUGUAUUGUCUAGUUGGUGCACCUGUUUCGUAUUCUGUAUUGAUUAUGUACCAUAUAAGUUCCCUUGUUUUAUGUUUGCCUUUGUGUGUUAUUGUCCGCGUCUCAUGUAUGUAUGGUUGGCAUUCUGUUUAUUACGCACUCCGCGUACAUUUCUCCUCUUGUGUUUGGAGGCUUUUGUGUUGUGCGUAUUUUACUUUGGAAAGUAAAGUAGUCGUUACUGAUCCUCUGUGUCCUGCGCCUGACUUCACCGCCACAUACACCUCAGCACUGACAAAUAUUCAUCCUCAUAUGUCUGAUCAAAACUAAAUCUGACUCAUGAUCAAUGUCCAGCGCCCAAAUUAUUUUAACUGUUCAAGCACUGAAAAUCAUCAUGCUUCUUUACAUGAAGAUGACGUAUUUAAGCACACAUAUUGCACCAUAUUCAGUAAUAGGCUACAAGGCAAUGAAAAGCAAAAAUCGUAAUAUUUAAUCCAAGUUGCUAUUUCUGUUAAAAAAUGCAGCAUAGCAAAUCCAGAGCUCCAAUCACAACAUGUUUUCUGGAAAGAUGGAAAUGUAGGCCAAUCUUUGCUAAAUAUGCAUUUUAUUUAUUUAACACGUUUUAAGACAUUUAACACAUUUAACAUGUUUUAAAACGUUAGCUGUCACCUUGAGGCUUGAUAGGGGGUAAAAAUGUUGCGAUGUAUACAGUCAGUAUUUGUCAACAUGAAGAGAGAGGAUGUCACAUACACUACAUGACCAACAGUAUGUGGACACCUGCUCGUCCAACAUCUCAUUCCAAAAUCAUGGGCAUUAAUAUGGAGUUGGUCCCCCCUUUGCUGCUAUAACAGCUUCCACUCUUCUGGGAAGGCUUUCCACUAGAUGUUGGAACAUUGCUGCAGGGACUUGCUUCCAUUCAGCCACAAGAGCAUUAGUGAGGUCGGGCACUGAUGUUGGACGAUUAGUCCUGGCUCGCAGUUGGCGUUCCAAUUCAUCCCAAAGGUGUUCGAUGGGGUUGAGGUCAGGGCUCUGUGCAGGCCAGUCAAGUUCUUCCACACCGAUCUCGACAAACCAUUUCUGUAUAGACAUUGCUUUGUGCACGGGGAUAUUGUCAUGCUGAAACAGGAAAUGGCCUUCCCUAAACUGUUGCCACAAAGUUGGAAGCACAGAAUCGUCUAGAAUGUAAUUGUAUGCUGUAGCUUUAAGAUUUCCCUUCACUAGAACUAAGGGGCCUAGCCCAAAUCAUGAAAAACAGCCCCAGACCAUUAUUCCUCCUCCACCAAACUUUACAGUUGGCCCUAUGCAUUCGGGCAGGUAGCGUUCUCCUGGCAUCCGCUAAACCCAGAUAUGUCCGUCAGACUGCCAGAUGGUGAAGCGUGAUUCAUCACUCCAGAGAACGUGUUUCCACUGCUCCAGAGUCCAAUGGCAGUGAGCUUUACACCACUCCAGCCGACGCUUGGCAUUGCGCAUGGUGAUCUAAGGCUUGUAUGCGGAUGCUCGGCCAUGGAAACCCAUUUCAUGAAGCUCCCAACGAAUGUUGCUUCCAGAGGCAGUUAGGAACUCGGUAGUGAGUGUUGCAACUGAGGACAGAUGAUUUCUACACACUAUGUGCUUCAGCACUCGGCGGUCCCGUUCUGUGAGCUUGUGUGGCCUACCACAUCCCGGCUGAGCUGUUGUUGCUCCUAGACGUUUCCACUUCACAAUAACAUCACUUACAGAUGACCAAGGCAGCUCUAGCAGGGCAGAAAUUUGACAAACUGACUUGUUGGAAAGGUAGCAUCCUAUGACGGUGCCACGUUGAAAGUCACUGAGCUCUUCAGUAUGGGCCAUUCUACUGCCAAUGCUUGUCUAUGGAGAUUGCAUGGCUGUGUGCUCGAUUGUAUACAACUGUCAGCAACGGGUGUGGCUGAAAUACCCUUAUCUACUAAUUUGAAGGUAUACUUAUGGCCAUAUAUAUCCAAGUAGACCUCAAGAGUUUCAGCAGACUAUUUUGUAUGUCUCCUUAAAAACUCUGUAUGUCUAUUGUCCACUGUGUCCACUGUGUCCACUGUGUCCACUGUGUUCACUGUGUCCACUGUGUUCACUGUGUCCACUGUGUCUUUUCAGCUACAAACAGUGAUCAAAAUUAAAUACAUGCAUGCCGUUUAAUGGCUCUGAUAGGUGAAAACUGAGGAUGGAUCAACAACAUUGUAGUUAUUCCACAAUACUAACCUAAAUGACAGAGUGAAUAGAAGGAAGCCUGUACAGAAUAACAAUAUUCCAAAACAUAAAUCCUGUUUGCAACAAGGCAGUAAAGUAACACUGCAAACAUUUUGGAAAAGCAGUUAAUUUUUUGUCCUGAAUGCAAAGUGUUAUGUUUGGGGCAAAUCUAAUACAACACAUUACUGAGUACCACUCUGCAUAUUCUCAAGCAUAGUGGUGGCUGCAUCAUGUUAUGGGUAUUUUUGUAAUCGUUAAAGACUGGGGAGUUUUUCAGGAUUCAAAAGAAAAGGAAUGGAACUAUGCACAGGCAAAAUCCUAGAGAAAAACCUGGUUCAGUCUGCUUUCCACCAGACAAUGGGAGAUUAAUUCACCUUUCAGCACGACAAUAACCUAAAACACAAGGCCAAAUAUACACUGGAGUUGGUUACCAAGAAGACAGUGAAUGUUCCUGAGUGGCCUAGUUACAGUUUUGAUUCAAAUCUACUUGAAAAUCUAUGGCAAGACCUGAAAAUUGUCACUUUGUCAUUUUGGUGUAUUGUGUGUAGAUGGGUGAGAUUAUAUAUAUUUUUUAUAUCAAUUUUCAAUUCAGGCUGUAACAACAAAAUGUGGAAUAAAUCAAGGGGUAUGAAUACUUUCUGAAGGCACUGUUUACAUAUAUCUCCCACUCUCCCUCCUUUCAGAACCCUCUCCAUUUCCAGAUGCCGAUGCAUAACCCGGCCCUGCACCAGGUGGAGCUGCUCUACUCCCUGUUGGUGAUCAACAGCUGGUAUGACGUCAGCCUCCUGCUCUGUCAGGAGUGGAACGUCUCCAGCUUCCUGGUUCGUCUCCGUAACAACACCAAGUUCCACCUGGGCUCUGUGGUCAACAUCACCACCUCCAGUACCUCCUCUGGAUCUCACCCCAACAGCUCCAUCUUCAAGGCUGACUUCUACACCUCUCUGCAGGGAUACCUGGAGUCCAUCAAGAAGUCCACGUCCACGGUGGUCACAUUCGGCUGCGACAUCCGGGACAUCAAGAGGAUCUUUAGCGUGGUGGCCAAGCUGGGCCUGAUGCUGCCAGAGUACCACUGGGUGUUGGGGGACACGCAGGACUUGGAGGAGCUGAGGACCGAGGGGCUGCCGGCGGGUCUGCUGGCCCACGGUAGGAUGGGGGCUCGUUCCCUCGAUCAUUACGUCCAGGAUGGGCUGGAGCUGGUGGCCCGGGUGGUGGGGUCAGCUGCGUACCGCUCCCCUGAGCUAGCCCUCAUCCCCUCCAUCACCAACUGCAUGGAUACACAGAGCAACCAGAACAGGAACAUGACCUCAGGGAAAUAUCUGGCCAGGUACAGUACUGAUGCUGCUUCACUACUCCUAUAAGCAUUAUUAAAGAUGAUUGUGGUGAUUUAAUCCUAGUGAAUGGUUCAGGACAAAAGCUCUGUAUUGUUCAAUACCUGUUAAUACAUAACCUAGGGGAAAUACUGUACGUCUCUUAUAAAACGCCAACAACAACAGUAAUCAGAGAGAGCUGAGAUCCCCCUUACUAUCUCCUGAUAGAGAUACAGUGAGGGAAAAAAAGUAUUUGAUCCCCUGCUGAUUUUGUACGCUUGCCCACUGACAAAGAAAUGAUCAGUCUAUAAUUUUAAUGGUAGGUUUAUUUGAACAGUGAGAGACAGAAUAACAACAAAAAAAACAGAAAAACGUAUGUCAAAAAUGUUAUAAUUUGAUUUGCAUUUUAAUGAGGGAAAGAAGUAUUUGACCCCCUCUCAAUCAGAAAGAUUUCUGGCUCCCAGGUGUCUUUUAUACAGGUAACGAGCUGAGAUUAGGAGCACACUCUUAAAGGGAGUGCUCCUAAUCUCAGUUUGUUACCUGUAUAAAAGACACCUGUCCACAGAAGCAAUCAAUCAAUCAGAUUCCAAACUCUCCACCAUGGCCAAGACCAAAGAGCUCUCCAAGGAUGUCAGGGACAAGAUUGUAGACCUACACAAGGCUGGAAUGGGCUACAAGACCAUCGCCAAGCAGCUUGAUGAGAAGGUGACAACAGUUGGUGCGAUUAUUCGCAAAUGGAAGAAAGACUGUCAAUCUCCCUCGGCCUGGGGCUCCAUGCAAGAUCUCACCUUGUGGGUUGCAAUGAUCAUGAGAACGGUGAGGAAUCAGCCCAGAACUACACGGGAGGAUCUUGUCAAUGAUCUCAAGGCAGCUGGGACCAUAGUCACCAAGAAAACAAUUGGUAACACACUACGCCGUGAAAGGACUGAAAUCCUGCAGCUCCCGCAAGGUCCCCCUGCUCAAAAAAGCACAUAUACAUGCCCGUCUGAAAUUUGCCAAUGAACAUCUGAAUGAUUCAGAGGAGAACUGGGUGAAAGUGUUGUGGUCAGAUGAGACCAAAAUGGAGCUCUUUGGCAUCAACUCAACUCGCCGUGUUUGGAGGAGGAGGAAUGCUGCCUAUGACCCCAAGAACACCAUCCCCACCAUCAAACAUGGAGGUGUUAACAUUAUGCUUUGGGGGUGUUUUUCUGCUAAGGGGACAGGACAACUUCACCGCAUCAAAGGGACGAUGGACGGGGCCAUGUACCGUCAAAUCGCUGGUGAGAACCUCCUUCCCUCAGCCAGGGCAUUGAAAAUGGCUUGUGGAUGGGUAUUCCAGCAUGACAAUGACCCAAAACACACGGCCAAGGCAACAAAGGAGUGGCUCAAGAAGAAGCACAUAAAGUUCCUGGAGUGGCCUAGCCAGUCUCCAGACCUUAAUCCCAUAGAAAAUCUGUGGAGGGAGCUGAAGGUUCGAGUUGCCAAACGUCAGCCUCGAAACCUUAAUGACUUGGAGAAGAUCUGCAAAGAGGAGAGGGACAAUAUCCCUCCUGAGAUGUGUGCAAACCUGGUGACCAACUACAAGAAGCGUCUGACCUCUGUGAUUGCCAACAAGGGUUUUGCCACCAAGUACUAAGUCAUGUUUUGCAGAGGGGUCAAAUACUUAUUUCCCUCAUUAAAAUGCAAAUCAAUUUAUAACAUUUUUGAUAUGCGUUUUUCUGGAUUUUUUUGUUGUUAUUCUGUCUCUGUCACUGUUCAAAUAAACCUACCAUUAAAAUGAUAGACUGCCCACUGACAAAGAAAUGAUCAAACGUACAAAAUCAGCAGGGGAUCAAAUACUUUUUUCCCUCACUGUAUCUCCAGUCAGAUCUGGAGCACGUCUGACCCCCUGAUAGAGAUUUACAUUUACAUUUACAUUUACGUCAUUUAGCAGACGCUCUUAUCCAGAGCGACUUACAAAUAGGUGCAUUCACCUUAUAGCCAGUGGGAUAACCACUUUACAAUUAUUAUUAUUUUUUUUUAUUUUUUUUGGGGGGGGGUGGGGGGGGUGGGUUGGAGUAAGAGGGGGGAUUACUUGAUCCUAUCCCAGGUAUUCCUUAAAGAGGUGGGGUUUCAAAUGUCUCCGGAAGGUGGUGAGUGACUCACCUGUCCUGGCGUCGUGAGGGAGCUUGUUCCACCAUUGGGGUGCCAGGGCAGCGAACAGUUUUGACUGGGCUGAGCGGGAACUAUGCUUCCGCAGAGGUAGGGGAGCCAGCAGGCCAGAGGUGGAUGAACGCACUGCCCUCGUUUGGGUGUAGGGACUGAUCAGAGCCUGAAGGUAUGGAGGUGCCGUUCCCCUCACAGCUCCGUAGGCAAGCACCAUGGUCUUGUAGCAGAUGCGAGCUUCAACUGGAAGCCAGUGGAGUGUGCAGAGGAGCGGGUGACGUGAGAGAACUUGGGAAGGUUGAACACCAGACGGGCUGCGGCAUUCUGGAUGAGUUGUAGGGGUUUAAUGGCACAGGCAGGGAGCCCAGCCAACAGCGAGUUGCAGUAAUCCAGACGGGAGAUGACAAGUGCCUGGAUUAGGACCUGUGCCGCUUCCUGUGUAAGGCAGGGUCGUACUCUCCGAAUGUUGUAGAGCAUGACCCUACAGGAUCGGGUCACCGCCUUGAUGUUAGCGGAGAACGACAGGGUGUUGUCCAGGGUCACGCCAAGGCUCUUCGCACUCUGGGGGGAGGACACAACGGAGUUGUCAACCAUGAUGGCGAGAUCAUGGAACAGGCAGUCCUUGCCCGGGAGGAAGAGCAGCUCAGUCUUGCCAAGGUUCAGAUCUGGAGAACGUCUGACCCCCUGAUAGAGAUAUCUCCAGUCAGAUCUGGAGAACAUCUGACCCCCUGAUAGAGAUAUCUCCAUUCAGAUCUGGAGAACGUCUGACCCCCUGAUAGAGAUAUCUCCAGUCAGAUCUGGAGAACAUCUGACCCCCUGAUAGAGAUAUCUCCAGUCAGAUCUGGAGAAUGUCUGACCCCCUGAUAGAGAUAUCUCCAGUCAGAUCUGGAGAACGUCUGACCCCCUGAUAGAGAUAUCUCCAGUCAGAUCUGGAGAAAGUCUGACCCCCUGAUAGAGAUAUCUCCAGUCAGAUCUGGAGAACGUCUGACCCCCUGAUAGAGAUAUCUCCAGUCAGAUCUGGAGAACGUCUGACACCCUGAUAGAGAUAUCUCCAGUCAGAUCUGGAGAACGUCUGACCCCCUGAUAGAGAUAUCUCCAGUCAGAUCUGGAGAACGUCUGACACCCUGAUAGAGAUAUCUCCAGUCAGAUCUGGAGAACGUCUGACCCCCUGAUAGAGAUAUCUCCAGUCAGAUCUGGAGAACGUCUGACCCCCUGAUAGAGAUAUCUCCAGUCAGAUCUGGAGAACGUCUGACCCCCUGAUAGAGAUAUCUCCAGUCAGAUCUGGAGAACGUCUGACCCCCUGAUAGAGAUAUCUCCAGUCAGAUCUGUCCUGGCAUCGGGGCUCAGGCCAAAAGAGCACAGAAUGAGCCUGCCUUGUGCUGUUUAGAGCUCAUCCCCGGAGCUAGGUUUAGAUUAGCUAAUACAAUGCUGUCUGAUGCUAAUACAAUGCUGUCUGAUGCUAAUACAAUGCUGUCCGAUGCUAAUACAACGCUGUCUGAUGCUAAUACAACGCUGUCUGAUGCUAAUACAACGCUGUCUGAUGCUAAUACAACGCUGUCUGAUGCUAAUACAAUGCUGUCUGAUGCUAAUACAAUGCUGUCUGAUGCUAAUACAAUGCUGUCUGAUGCUAAAACAAUGCUGUCUGAUGCUAAUACAAUGCUGUCUGAGGCUAAUACAAUGCUGUCUGAUGCUAAUACAAUGCUGUCUGAUGCUAAUACAAUGCUGUCUGAUGCUAAUACAACGCUGUCUGAUGCUAAUACAAUGGUGUCUGAUGCUAAUACAAUGCUGUCUGAUGCUAAUACAAUGCUGUCUGAUGCUAAUACAAUGCUGUCUGAUGCUAAUACAAUGCUGUCUGAUGCUAAUACAAUGCUGUCUGAUGCUAAUACAAUGCUGUCUGAUGCUAAAACAAUGCUGUCUGAUGCUAAUACAAUGCUGUCUGAUGCUAAAACAAUGCUGUCUGAUGCAGAGGUUUAGUCGAAAUACCCUCAAGGCCGCCCCCAGGUGGUAAGGGUAGGUAACAACACAUCUGCCACACUGAUCCUCAACACGGGGGCCCCUCAGGGGUGCGUGCUCAGUCCCCUCCUGUACUCUCUGUUCACCCAUGACUGCAUGGCUAGGCACGACUCCAACACCAUCAUUAAGUUUGCCGACGACACAACAGUGGUUAGGGCCUGAUCACCGACAACGAUGAGACAGCCUAUAGGGAGGAGGUCAGAGAUCUGGCCGUGUGGUGCCAGGACAACAACCUCUCCCUCAACGUGACCAAGACAAAGGAGAUGAUUGUGGACUACAGGAAAAAAAAGAGGACUGAGCACACCCCCAUUCUCAUCGACGGGGCUGUAGUGGAACAGGUUGAGAGCUUCAAGUUCCUUGGUGUCCACAUCACCAACGAACUAUCAUGGUCCAAACACACCAAGACAGUCGUGAAGAGGGCACGACAAAGCCUAUUCCCCCUCAGGAGACUAAAAAGAUUUGGCAUGGGUCCUCAGAUCCUCAAAAAAAUUCUACAGCUGCACCAUCGAGAGCAUCCUGACUGGUUGCAUCACCGCCUGGUAUGGCAACUGCUUGGCCUCUGACCGCAAGGCACUACAGAGGGUAGUGCGUAUGGCCCAGUACAUCACUGGGGCAAAGCUCCCUGCCAUCCAGGACCUCUAUACCAGGCGGUGUCAGAGGAAGGCCCUCAAAAUUGUCAAAGACUCCAGCCACCCUAGUCAUAGACUGUUCUCUCUGCUACCGCACGGCAAGCGGUACCGGAGUGCCAAGUCUAGGUCCAAAAGACUUCUCAACAGCUUCUACCCCCAAGCCAUAAGACUCCUGAACAGCUAAUCAUGGCUACCCGGACUAUUUGCACUGCCCCCCCACCCCAUCCUUUUUACGCUGCUGCUACUCUGUUAAGUAUUUAUGCAUAGUCACUUUAACUCUACCCACAUGUACAUAUUACCUCAACUACCUCAACUAGCCGGUGCCCCCGCACAUUGACAAUGCAACGGUACCCCCCUGUAUAUAUAGCCUCCCUACUGUCACUUUAUUUUACUGUAUAUAUAGCCUCCCUACUGUCACUUUAUUUUACUUCUGCUCUUUUUUUCUCAACACUUUUUUGUUGUUGUUUUAUUCUUACUUUUUUGUUUAAAAUAAAUGCACUGUUGGUUAAGGGCUGUAAGUAAGCAUUUCACUGUAAUGUCUGCACCUGUUGUAUUCGGCGCAUGUGACCAAUAAAAUUUGAUUUGAUUUGAUUUGAUUUUUAUACAGGUGUAAAGAAUGAUAUGAUUUGAUUGAGAUUCAUGACCAGAAUACAGUCUCUUCUCCACUGAGUGUUUUUCUGUUCUGGCCUAACCCUGAAAUCUAGCCUCACAUUCACCCUUAUCCUAUAACUUCAUCUGUUUUCUCUGCCCCCCCGCCCCCCCUGCAGGUUUCUGUCCAACACGUCAUUUGACGGUCUGAGUGGUUCAUCAUCUCGUCCCAGCAGGAGACAUGAUCUCCUCAGAGAGCCAUCACUUCAUCUGGUCCCUGCAACACGACCCCAUAGGGAACCCCAAUGUGGACCAGGCUGGGCCGAUGAAGCAGAGCAGGGUGCUCUUGGACUAUGCUGACCUGGGCCACAAAAAAGGUUGA